AAUUGCUUAGUAGAGAUGAAAGCAAUUAGUGGUUGCGUUGUGGACUCUCAGGAUGUGUAUCUCUCACUGUUCAGAAGACUCUCAGGUUGUGCCAGGGGCCCAGAUGCUGCGGUGAAAGUGGAGAAUCCAAAAGAGAAGUUGACAAGACACAGCGGAAGAUAUGGGAGUGAAGCUGAUUUUAGCUCUUCAAGCAGUACGGGCAGUAUUUCAGUUCCUGAAGUCCGUAUGCCUGCUGCUGGAAACAAAAGAUUUUCUUUUUCUCGCAAUCGUGGCCCGUAUGGUCGGAGUAGUGGAUCGUCAUCCUACAAGUCUGGAGCCAGCCCACCUGCUCUCCGCGAAAAGGACCUAUUGUCUACGCUGUGCAGAAAUCAGCAGAAUCCUGUUAGCAUCCAACAGCUUUAUGGGGCUUCUCCCCCUAGCAGUAACUCAGGAAGUAACAAAGGAAGUGACAGCAGCCCAAUAAUGAGGCGAUCAGGGAGAUACAUGUCUUGUGGUGAGAGCCGUGGCAUUAAGCCACUAAAUCCAGAGCAGUAUUUGACUCCUCUCCAGCAGAAAGAAGUCACAGUACGACAUCUAAAAACAAAGCUGAAGGAAUCUGAGAGCAAGCUUAAAGAAAGGGAGACAGAAAUAGAAGAGCUGAAAACUCAGCUGGAACGCAUGAGGGAAGAGUGGAUUGUAGAGGAGUGUUGCCGUGUGAAGGCACAGCUGGCCUUAAAGGAAGCAAAAAAGGAAAUUAAACAACUCAAGCAGGUUAUUGAAACCAUGAAGAACAACUUGGCAGAUAAAGACAAAGGCAUUCAGAAAUAUUUCAUAGACAUAAACAUUCAAAACAAGAAACUGGAAUCUUUGCUGCACAGCAUGGAGAUGGCUCACAGCGACUCUCUGAGCGAUGAGUAUGUGUCUGACUCCCCAGGGAAGCCGUUAGCGCUGUACCUCAAGACACCAGACAGCCUUAUUACAGAGGACCAGGCUUCGGAGGAGAUGGGCGAUAACGAGGCGUUUAGGAGCGAGGACACUGAGGACACAAAUAACACAAGUAACGAGAGCGAGUCAUUUAAGAGUUCAACCACUGCAAGUUCUGGAGUGAGCGAUCCGUCUUCCUCCAGUUUGGUAGUGGAUCAAGAGACACAUGAAAAUGUUUCUGAUGAAAAACCGUCUUCUUCUGAGAAAGAGGAGGGAAGCAGCAACAUGACAGUGGAACAGUGCAUUCAGACCGAUGGGCCAUGUGGCCUAAAUGUGGAGUGGUUCAUUCAAAAUAUCUUCAUACCUCCAGAUUCCUCUCCUAGCCCACCUUCCUCAGUGAAGCAACUGAGUGAGUUUUCUUCUGGAACCUACACUGUGGAUUCUGGUAUGGUGGACUUCACUCCAGUCAGUCCAGACUCUUACAUCUUUUUGCCUUCUGUGGAGUCUCCACACAGAAACAUGGAUUGUGAAGUUAACGAGAACCGGGUCAUGAAAGAACUGGAUUUUACAGAGCCGCGUGAUGAAGAGUUUGGGUAUGUGAAUACUUGCUCUCAGACAGGAAUAAUGAAGAAGCACUGGCACAGCAGCCUCCUUGUAGAUCUCCUGGCGGUAGCAGCCCCCAUCGUACCGACUGUCAUGUGGGCCUUCAGCACUCAGAGAGGAGGAGUAGACCCCAUGUACAAUAUCGGAACACUGCUUCGUGGGUGCUGCCUGGUGGCCCUGCACUCACUGCGUCGUACACCCUUCAACAUCAAAACCUAAUUUCUGCUCAGUCACGGGGCAGCAGGGGGCUGCGGCAGUGGGGGGGUGGGGGGGGGGGGUAAGAGAGAUACUGUAUGUUCUGGCAGACUACAUUGUUUUGCUCUUGACUAUUUGAUUUGCACUAUAACUUGGUUCGAAAACAUGUUCCUUGUUUCAAAAUGACAAAGAUGAAUCCUGCAGCUUCACAAAAUGUUUGUAGCUGGCAUAGGACUGUUGCUGCCUACAGAAAUAGUCCUCCUGCGCCCCUGCACUGGGUGCCUCCCCUCUGCUGACGUCUUUCUUUUCUCAGCGCGCCUGCCCAGCGAACAGGAUCAGGGACAGCAAGCAGGAUUACAGCUAGCACUGCUUCGGGUUUGCUUGCUGAAUUAGUUUAAGCUCAGUUUCCCUGCCCGGUUCACUGAGCAAACGCACAGGCGUUUUGCACUGGCUGAAGGGCAGCAUGUGGUGCAUACAGGAACAAACGGCGAGAGGAAGGUGGGGUAUUUCUCCAGGCAGCGCUAGCCUAAAACAUUGGUGAAACUGCAGCAUUAAGUAAGAUGGAGGCUCGUUUCCCCUAAGUGUAUCACACGCGUACUCUAGGAAGCAUGCUAGCGCUUUCCAUUUGUUGUCUGAAACGUCAGUUCAAUUUAGAAAAAAAAAAUCCCUAUUUCCCAGGCAGCUUCCAGCACAUCGUUCGUGCCUGUCUCGUGUAGUGCUCUUCCAACCCUGCAAUUGCUCGAGCAUUCCACUGGUUUUGUGUGUAUGAGGGGACUGUAACCAAAAACGUUAAGGGGGUGGGAGUCUUGAAACGUGUUGCAAUGGUAAAUGUAGGGGUGGAUACGCUUUGAACAUUAAUGUUGGUUUAAAGUCUUAAUGUAUUGGAACCUGAUAGUCAUUCGAGCCAUGUGAAAUACAUCUAUAAAUGUAUUGUUUUAACUUAUUGCUUAUUUAAUCCCUUUAUUGUAAAUUACCUUUAUAAUCACAAGUUCAUUAAAGCAUGUUAGAAAACUUA